UUGGUGACGCUGUGCGCGCUGUCAGCGGAGCAGCCCAGUCCGCGCCAGUCGACAGGCAGGGAAAGCCCUCAGUCACAGGGACAGUGACUGUAGUCUACUCUCCGCUGCCUCCGGACAGCUGCAGGUCACAGAACAGGACUGAACACCAGCAGACACGCACACAUCCCUCGUGCUCAUCUGCUCCAACUGGAGACAUGACUGACGUGAGUUCCAGCGACCCGUCCACCUCAGACGUGGCCAACAGAUUUGCUCGUAAAGGUGCUCUGAGGCAAAAGAACGUCCAUGUGGUAAAAGAUCACAAAUUUAUAGCACGCUUCUUCAAGCAGCCGACUUUCUGCAGCCACUGCACCGACUUCAUAUGGGGAUUUGGAAAACAAGGAUUCCAGUGCCAAGUUUGCUGUUUUGUGGUCCAUAAGAGGUGCCAUGAGCUUGUCACGUUCUGCUGCCCGGGAGCAGAUAAGGGGCCCGACACAGACGACCCUCGAACAAAGCACAAGUUCAAGAUCCACACCUAUGGCAGCCCCACGUUCUGUGACCACUGUGGGUCUCUGCUGUACGGCCUCAUCCACCAAGGGAUGAAGUGUGACUCCUGUGAUAUGAAUGUACACAACAAGUGUGUGACCAAUGUGCCCAGUAUGUGUGGGACCGACCACACGGAGAGGAGAGGCAGAGUCUUCCUGAAGGUGGAGGUCAGCGAUGAUAAGCUGCAGGUCACAGUUGGCGAGGGCAAGAACCUCAUUCCCAUGGACCCCAAUGGACUUUCAGAUCCAUAUGUCAAACUCAAACUCAUACCAGACCCCAAAAAUGAGACCAAGCAGAAGACCAAAACCAUCCGCUCCAACCUCAACCCAAAAUGGAGCGAGACGUUCAUUUUUAAACUGAAGCCAUCGGAUAAGGACCGCAGACUGUCUGUAGAAGUGUGGGACUGGGACCGGACCACCAGGAAUGACUUUAUGGGAUCCCUGUCAUUUGGAGUCUCAGAGCUCUUGAAGGCUCCAGUCUGUGGCUGGUAUAAAUUAUUGUGCCAGGAGGAGGGCGAGUAUUACAAUGUUCCAAUCUCAGAGGAAGACGAUGGAAAUGAGGAGCUUAGGCAGAAAUUUGAGGACCAAACAGUUGUGGAGAGACCUGAACAGAAAGCCAAGCUGGGCCCAGGAAAGAAGAACAUUUCAGAGACUGACUCUGGCAUCCAGCUGCCCUCCACCAUCAUGGACCAGGUCAAACUCAGUGACUUCUCCUUCCUCGCUGUGCUGGGGAAAGGAAGCUUUGGCAAGGUGAUGUUGGCAGAGAUGAAGGGCACAGAGGAGCUUUAUGCCAUAAAGAUCCUGAAGAAAGACGUGGUGAUUCAGGAUGAUGAUGUUGAGUGUACCAUGGUGGAGAAGAGGGUGCUGGCCCUCCAGGACAAGCCGCCCUUCCUCACGUACCUGCACUCAUGCUUCCAGACAGUCGAUCGUCUGUACUUUGUCAUGGAAUAUGUGAAUGGUGGAGACUUGAUGUACCAUAUACAACAAGUGGGCAAGUUUAAGGAGCCGCAGGCCGUGUUCUAUGCAGCAGAGAUCGCUGUUGGUCUCUUUUUCCUUCACAGUAAAGGGAUCAUCUACAGAGAUCUCAAGUUGGACAACGUGAUGUUGGACUCCGAGGGACACAUCAAGAUCGCAGACUUCGGCAUGUGCAAGGAGAACAUGAUGGAGGGAGUGACCACGCGCACUUUCUGUGGGACCCCCGACUACAUCGCUCCAGAGAUUAUUGCAUAUCAGCCGUAUGGGCAGUCGGUGGACUGGUGGGCAUAUGGAGUGCUGCUCUAUGAAAUGCUGGCGGGACAGCCUCCGUUUGAUGGAGAAGAUGAAGACGACCUGUUUCAGUCCAUUAUGGAGUCUACUGUGUCAUAUCCCAAGGCUCUGUCCAAAGAAGCAGUGUCCAUUUGUAAAGGGCUAAUGACCAAGCACCCAUCCAAGCGUCUGGGCUGUGGUCAGGAGGGGGAGCGGGACAUUCGGGAGCACGCCUUCUUCCGACGCAUCGACUGGGAGCGCCUUCAGAACCGAGAGAUCCAGCCGCCGUUCAAACCCAAAGUGUGCGGCAAAGGGGCGGAAAACUUCGACAAGUUCUUCACACGCACGCAGCCGCAGCUCACCCCUCCAGACGAGCUGGUCAUCGCCAACAUCGACCAGGCCGAGUUCGCCGGCUUCUCCUUCGUCAACCCUCAGUUCUUGUACUCCUCCCUCGACAACUGUCUAUGAAGAGGCCAAAACAUGUCCCCCAUUUUAACUCCACUCAGACUAGUUUUACUCCAAGUGUAGAAUAAAGCAUUUCCUCAUCGUUAACAGUAGUGAACUUAAAGUAGUAACUAAUGAGAAGCAUGUAACUAUGUGCUAUGUAACAUGACCUGGAGAUAGAGUGGUACAGUGCCAGACAUCCGUGCCGGUGUCAGAAACGUGAUAUUAAAGGGACGGUUUUAGCAUGGGUUUUAUUCGCUCUCCAUUGUGCAACUUGCCUGAUAAAAAAAAAAUCACCAAACAAACAAAAUGUACCAAAAUCAAGAUUAUGUUGGUAGCACAAACGCUCUAGCCAAAUAUGAAGGAGUGGUGGUGCACGCAAUGAGUUUUAUGUGAUUCUGUGUCUCCUGUUUACCAGUUUUUAAGUAACUAAUUUUAAACUUUGAAUUUACUGUAUAAUUCUACAUAUAAAUGUUGAUUAGGGGGUUCAUGUGAGGAGUGAAGGCUGGCAUAGGGCUGUAUUAGAUGAGUUGCAAACAGGCCCGUCGACAUAUAUUUUGGGGCCUGGGGCAAGAAGCUUCACAUGGGCCCCCCUCUAAUAUAAAUGAAUGGGAGGAGGGUCCAGUUCUGGGCCACUAAGACCUUGGGAUCCGAGACGGCAGACCCCUUUGUCCCCACCUGUCGACUCCUCUGGUUACAGCACAUACCCGGUGGUUAUGUCGUGUAUAGUGGGUGUAAGCAGCCUGUAAAACACUUUGGACAGCACAGUUGGAAAUGAUAAUAAGUUUCCAUUGUGGUGGCCAGCGUCACCUUCUCAGUAUGUCGUGCACAAGAGCAUUGUCCUGUUUACCUUCUACAUGUUUACAGUAUGUCCGAUAGACUCAGUGUUGGCCGCUGUUGUCCCCCUCUGCAGUCUCGCCUCACUGUCCCAGUAGAAGCAGUGUGGAAUUGUUAUUAAUAUAAUCCAUCUUUAGUUUAGCUGGGUAGACUCUUUAGUCCAGAGAAUAGCCACUUUAAUUCCUUUUAGUUUUUCAUUCAGGUAAACUACUCUUUUUGUGAUUUCCUACAUAUUUUUCCAUUAGAAGAAAACUAUUUUAUUGUAAGAGAUCAGUGUAUAACACCUUUGUAAAUAAUCAUUAUUUAGAUGAUUAUUGCAACUUACAUUUUUAUACCAACACUUGAAUGUGCUUUUAAUACAUAAACUAGAUAAACUACCAAUAUGUGUAUGUGCGAAAAUACACGAGAAACUGCCCAGUCCAACUGCUCACUCCUGGAGGUUUAGUCCAGAUAUUUGAAGUUAGGUGACAAACGUGUGUGACUUGUUUUGGCACAUUUUAUGAGCGCUUUCACUGAGUUUAACCUGGGUGUGUGUCCUUCUGUUCCUGCAUGCUGCCAGUAGACCACUGAUGCAUGUGACCAGCUGAAUGCUGCAUGCUUUCAGGUAUGAGCCCAACUUAGGCUCUUACCCAAAAUACAAACAUAUUUUCAAUGUUCAAUAAUAAGUCAUCAAGAGAAGUGAACCUGGUCAUAAUCUUCAAGUCUUCCACCGUCUGCUUCAGCAAAUGUGCUGCAUGUACAAAUGAAGGAUUCCACCCGAUCAUACUACAGCCAUAUGAAACGCCCAGGUCAAUAAUCUACUGAUGUUAUUGUUUUUGUGGGUUUAAAAUAAUGAGAUGUUUUAGUAAAAUAGCAGAGGUUUACACAGCCCUGACUCUUAUACUUAUGUCAGUGAUCUUAAUGUUACUUUGCUGUAACUGUGUUUUAUUGUUGCCCUUUAAUAUUUGAUGCUUGAGGAACGUCUCCUGCCUCCUGUUCUGUCCUUUUGAUAAACUUUUGCCUGUGCCAAACCCACACAACCACAGCUGCCGUCUGCAGCUGCAGAGACUGUCCCUUUAGCUGUCGCCUGCCAUAUGUCUUACCACUCCUGGACUUUUAUUAGGUUUGAUGUUUGUCUAUUUCUAAUUUGCAUCCUUCUAGAAUAUAAACAUUUUUCAUUUUUAUUGAGUUUUUAAUGUCAUUCAACAUCCGAAGUGACUUACACUUGAAAACUGCUCUAAAUGUGACUGGUCCCUUUAAGAGUUUACAAGCUUAUCAAAUCUCCCAAUAGUGUGCCUUUCCUCUUUAGACAUCAGACAUCAUCAGCUUUUAUUUAUCACAGAACAAUUACAAUGAAUGUGGACAAUAGCCAUGUCAUUUCAACUGAUUCCAGGAAACCCUUCCAUUUUGAAACUGUAGUGUCCCUCAUGUGUCCGCAUGAACCCUCCCUGUGGUAAAGACCCCGCCCCUUCGGCCCCUCAGUGCCUCAGACGAAUCCUAUUCUUCUAACUUUAACUCUUGUUUAUCUUCUGACUGCCCGAGAAAACCAUUAGAAAUCUAUUAUUGUCUUUAUUACAGUAGAAAUGAUGAAUAUUUGUUCUGUUUUAAGUUUGAAUCCAUGUAUGUGCUCAUAUCCAUGCCAUGUCCAGCCGAUUCCCACGUGACUGAUCAGAGGGUCAUAAUGCCUUAUCGUUCAAUCCACAGCGUUUCUCUUAUUGCUUCAGUCAAAUUGAGUCGUCCUGGUCUCCUGUACAGAAACUACACACAGUAUACACUUGCAUUAGUAUGAAAAUACGAUAUUGUAUUUUGUAUUGGGUGUAUGUUCCUCCACGUUUGCCUGAAUCCUAGUUUAACCAAUUUGAGCUUCUUCACCUGUAACCGAUUGUGUUAUUUGUACCUAAUGUAUAAUAAUGCAAAUAAAUAUCUGUACAUGAAGUGAA